AUGGCCCAACAAAUAGCAACAUCACCGUCAUCAGCAAUUAUUCCCCCUCUCGGGACAAAAAUAACAGAGGUGGCAAACAAAUCCACGACAUCGCUGCAGUCUACAUUUAAACCGCAAAGUCUUUCGGCUCCAAGGAUCCGGAUACUGCUUGCACCCUAUAUGUCUCCUUUCAUUGUACCACUACACAAGGUCGAAACGUGGGAUCUCCUAUACGAAGCUCUGAAAACCCUUUUUGGCCUCGAUAUCUUCAAUAACUCUUCAAUACGCAUAACCGACCAGGACGGAAACUCAAUUCUACCCCCGGUUUGGAAAGAUUUGCUCGAACCGGAUAUGACAAUAAUUGUCGACACUUGUUCCCUACAGGCAGAAAACUCCCCAGUGACCUUCAAGUUCGAGCCACUACCCGCUUUCAGCCACAGCUCGCCGCCAGCUUCACCAGCCUUUACAAGCAGGGUAUCGGAGGAUAGCUGUCUUUACGACUCUGCUAGUAUGUAUAGGGGUCAACUGGGUGUUAUCAUAGGACAGGCUGUGCCAAUGCCUCCCACCCCCGUUGGGACACCUAAUGUUCAUGGCCGACGGACAUCAAGAGACAUGAUUAAUGAGUGGUCUAAGAGGGUGGGCGAGGAGGAGAAGAGGGAUGCGUCCGUUGAGAUGUUUUCUGGGUUGAGCUCAGGGCAUUCUUCAAAACCCUCAGAGAAGGAGCAGACCACAUCCACAGAGAAACCGGUACGGCAGGAAAAUGCUCCCAAGGCGAAGUCUUUCAAGUCGAGCAUAUCUCGCUUUGCACGGGCAGUGCUGUGUGUCCUCACAUACUCAAAGGAUUCCCCACACUCCAAAUCCUCAGACAAAAGGAAACGGGCGCCUACACCGUCAGACAAACCCAGGCGCACAAUCACCAUGGAUGCCAUUGAGAAGCAGCCCCCCAAGAGCCAAUUCACCACUCGUGCCUACCAUAUCCCCUCUGAACGGCGUACAGCAUCGAUAUCACGUCGCCGCGGCAUACCGUCACUCGCGCCGGUCGCCACUCCUUCAACUACUACCCCAACUCGCAGCCGUGCUGAAGUCCGACGCUCAAAAUCUCUAUCACACUUAAAACUACCUUCCUUCUCAUCUACUAAGGCCACCACAUCAUCGCCACUUCCCACUCCAACAGCAUCCAUAAAGUUCCGUCCUCGAUCAAAGUCAUUUACUUCCACACGUAAUAGCAGCAAGCUGUCAAUCAUAUCUCCGCCGGUGCCACCCCGACGACCAAGUCUCGAAUUGGGAACAAACGCCCAAUACAAAAGCCUCGCACUCGAUAAAGCCCAAAUCACAGAGAUGUUCAAGGAACUCGAUGGCGAAACACUGGCUGGACGCAGCAGGAGUGGAACUGGAGAUACCUCUUCCACCUUAGCCGUUCCUCCCGCUGCUCAAGAACUGCAAAAGCCACUUCCGAAGCUUCCCUACAAGUUCUCCGCAUUCCCGGCGCCAUCACCGCCGAGAUCCCAAUAA